CAUGGGCCUCAUUCUUUAAUUGUCUCCAGGCUUCAACCUAUAUUUGUAAUGAUCUGCCUCUGUCAAUUCUCUACUUCUGUUUCAACCUUUCAAGAAGCUCUGAGUAUUAGCCAAGAGACUCUCCCAGAUGGAUACAAGCUGUGAUCAGGUCAUUCAUGAUGUUCCACCCUAUCUCAGGGUGUACAAAGAUGGAACAAUAGAGAGACUUUUUGGAACAGAAGUUGCACCAGCAACCUUCGAUCAUCAAACUGAAGUUUCCUCCAAAGACAUAGUUGUAGUACCCGAUACCGGUGUCUCCGUCCGGAUUUAUCGACCCACUCUCACACACCAUCACCAAAAACUUCCUUUGGUAGUCUACUUCCAUGGUGGAGCAUUUUUCAUAUCUUCAAUUUCCGAUCCCAAAUACCAUAACGUGUUAAACAUAUUAGCCGCCGAGGCUAAAGUUAUCGUCGUCUCAGUUGACUACAGAAGAGCCCCCGAACACCCUCUUCCGGCCGCCUACGAGGACUCAUGGGCUGUGUUUCAGUGGCUGGCUUCCCACAAUUCAGGAGGUGGCACUGAAACCUGGCUAAAGGAAAAUGUUGACUUUGACAGGUUUUUUUUGGCAGGGGACAGUGCUGGUGCAAAUAUAUCACAUCACAUGGCAAUCCGCGUAGGGCGGUCAGGCUGGUUUUUGUCAGGGACCAAGAUUGACGGCAUUCUUAUGAUACAGCCAUACUUCUGGGGGGAUGAACCGGUCGGGGUCGAGGCACGUGAUCCAAUACGCAAAGGUAUGGUGGACAAGUGGUGGCAGUUUGUUUGUCCUUCUGAUAAAGGCAACAAAGAUCCCUGGAUCAACCCAUUUGUUAAUGGAGCAGCAAAUCUUGCUGGAUUAGCAUGUGAUAGGAUUCUUGUUUGUACAGCUGAGAAUGAUAUCUUGAGGGAUAGAGGGAGAUUAUAUUACGAGUCACUUCUGAAGAGCCAAUGGCAAGGGAAAGCUGAAGCUUUUGAGACAGAAGCAGAGGACCAUGUCUUUCACCUCAUCAAUCCCACUUCUGAAAAAGCUGUCAAACUGAUCAAGCGUUGUGCUGAAUUCAUAAACCAUGAGUGAGUGAGUGAUUAUCGUUUGUACCAAUUUCAAAAAUUCUACCAAUAAUAGUGAUAUUAUCAAAUCAUAUUCUACAUAUUUUUCUUU